UUAGCCAUUUGCAGGAAACCAACUAGCAGGAAUAAUAAGUAGCUAAGUGUUUUUCUCUCCUAUAUGAUCAGACCUAACUGUACCUUUCCCCUUCCGUCCCAAUGUUUACAGUAGAUAUAGCUUUAAGAAGAAGCUUUUAGGAACAUAGACUGUUAUGCUGCUCUCUCUGGUUCAAAGGUAAUAUGUGGAUGUUCAGUAGACCCUCUAUGUGACUGGAUUACUACAGCUCCAAGGAGUCCGCAGACGACAGACACCGCCGUACAGAUGUGGGGAACAGUCUUUGGAUAUGCAUCAACUAUCAGCAGAGGAGCCAGUCGCCCCGGAUUCAACCCUGAACCUCUCCCCUUCUCAUCCUCCCUCCUCCUCACCAUCCCCUUCUCCCCCUCCUCCACUGUCUCUCUCCCCCUCUUCUCCUCUUUCCUGUGGUGUGUUCCAGUGCCUGGUGUGUUCCAGUUUCUCCUCUGACAGUGUGGAGUCUCUUAUGUCUCACCUGAGCACCCCCUGCUCCCUGCCCCAGUCUGAGUGGCGCUCUCUGGUGGCUGGAGGCUGCUAUUGCAGGCUGUGUGGCUACAGCACCCCCCUCAGUGCUAACUUCACCCUGCACUGCCAGACAGACAGACACAGGACCCAGUACCAGCUGGCUUCCCACCUCUGGGAGAAGGGGGAGGCCGGGGACAGGGAGGAAUUUGGGAAGUUGGUUGCUACAGGCAAUCCAGUCCAGCUGAAGUGUAACUUGUGUGACUUCCAGACCACCAGCUUGGAGAAACUGAAAAUACACAGCAACAACCCCCAACACCAGGCCAGCCUCAGAGUCUACAGGUUCUUACAGCAGUACGACAGUGCAGUAGAUGGAGGGUCCUGGUUGUUCCACUGUGUCCUGUGUAACUACUCCUCCUGUUCUAAACUCCACCUAUUGAGACAUACCCACUCCCCUGGUCAUCAGAAGAGGGAGCUUCACUACUUACAGUUAGUGAGAGGGAGGAGCCUGGAGGAAGGGGAGGGGCUAGUGGCUACUUUCACCAUUAGGAAGUGUCCCAGUCCUGAGACAGGUGGAAACAUUGAGGAGGAGGGGGAGAGGAGAGAUUCCCUUUCUCCAGCCAAGCGAUCAUUCUCUAGGCUGGAGGAGACACAGAGCCCCCUCUCUCCCAAACGCCCCAGAACAGACCAGCGCUCUACUCACCAACAGGCUACUGGCAAGUGCCCACUGUGCCAGUACACACUGGUAUACACACACCUGAGACGCCACCUCAUACUCACACACAGUGUGGUCCAGGACUGUGUGGACAAGCUCAUGAGUGUGGUGGCAGUGGAGCUGCCAGAGAUUCUGCAGAAAGAGACACUGCAGAUGGAGUCCCACUCAAAUAUAAAGGAAUCUCAAACAAACGAUUGCAACACAAACAGCUCUUACAUGAAGGAAUCCCUCACAAACGAGUCUCAAACAAACGACUACCAUACAAAAAAAGAAAAAGUAAUCACAGCCAAAGAUGUCCCUGCUCUUCUGUCCCUUCCCUGUGAGGACCAGCACCCAGCAGAGGACAACACCUCUCACCUCCUUGAGUCCCCCAGCUCUCCCCCUUCCCCACCCACUCUUUCCUCUCUCUCCCCCAGCAACCUCCCUUCAUCCACCUUACCCCUGUCUCCUCCCAGUGAUGCCCCUCCCCCCUCUGAUUUUCAUGGUUACAGGUUUCGCUGCGGCAGGUGCAGUCUAGCGGUCCGAAGGCAGAACCACGCCAUGAGGGCGGCGACAGAGUGCCACCUCUGCCCCAGACGGUGCUGCAGCCAAGAGGCCCUGCAGAGACACCUGCUCAACACACACCUACAGGACCUACACCUACAGGGUACAUACCCUGACCAGAGUGGAGCACACAUCCAACAACCAAUCAGCCUGGAGGGGGAGGAAGAGGAGGGGGAAAGUAUGAGUGAAGAAGAGACAGAUAAGAAAGAGGAUGAUGAUGAGGAGGGGGAGGGAGAGCAGGGAAAGGGAGAUGAAGGAGAGGAUGAAAAGGAUGACCCAGAUGAGUUGGAGGAGAGGCCCAGUACAGGGGUUGGUGACAGUGACCAGGGUUCAAGGCAGCAGGAGGAGAAGGUGGCAGGGUCAGAACCCAACCCCUUCAGCAAGGGCUCCAACCCCACUCUGGAGCGGUUUUUGGACCCGGCUCAGCCCUACAAGUGUUCCUUCUGCUGUGAGUCCUUCACCCAGAGAUCCAUCCUUCCGGUCCUCUAUAACUCUCUGUCCCACCGAGCCAGAGCCAGAUGGGUCCUGCAGGACUCCAGCCCCAGUUCCCCUCACACCCGCUGCAGCCCGGACCCAAGUUCCUACCGCUGCAGAAUGUGUCGGGUGGCUUACAGCCAGAGUUCCGCCCUGGACAUUCACCUCCGCUCUGUACUGCACCAGACACGAGCCCGUGGAGCUCGGACCCAGCUAUCACUGAAACCCCACACCCUCCAAACCCUAGUUCCAGCCUUGGUUCAGACCACUGCCUCCAGCCGUUCACCAGGGGGAGGAGAGGUAUCUACCAGGGGAACUCUCCCAACAGCCACCAGAUCAGCCCCUUCCUCCUCAAGUCCCUGUUCCUCCCUCAGUGAAGCCCAGCUGAGUGUGGGUGUCUCUGGGAAGGCUGAGGGCCACCAGGCUAAGAGGCGGAGAGUAGAGGACCUGACAGCAUCUGGAGGAAAGCAGGACCUAACGUUACUCCAACAGCAGUUAGCCCAGGCCCAGAUGCUACAACAGCAACAUAAGUUAUCCCAGGCCCAUAUACAGGAACACACAGUCCUCCUCCAGCCCCAGCUCUUUAGUCCAACACUGCUCCCGCACCUCCCCUUACUGCAGCAGAACCUCUUAAAGCAGUUCCUCCCUUCAGCAGCAGAGAGUCUCCAACAGAGGAACCUCCUCUCUCCACUCUCCACCCCAGACAGCCUGUUUUCUCUACAGCAGCAGAUGCUCCAGUCCUACCUCUCUGGAGAUCUGCAGCUCAACCCUAACAUGAACAUUAGUCAGAUCACCUCAGCCCUCUCCCUCCAGACCAUCGCUGCCCUCUCCUCUCAGACAAAUGGGCUUAAACAUCCCUCUCCAAAGCUGGUGACAACUAGCAUCCAGUCUCCAGCCCAGCCCCCGAAAUGUGAGACCCAGGCUGAGACAGCUGACAGUGACUCCCCCCUUCACCAGAUGGAGAAAGAGUCAAAUCCAUCCUCAUCUCCUGAGGGAGGUGGAGAGAUGCAGGAGAGUGAGAAGAGGGAUGGAGCAGAGAAGGCCCUCAGAGUUCUGCUGGAGAGAUAUGGCUGGGAGCUGGCCCUGCAAUCCAAUCAGAGCAGACAGAGACUACAGAACAGAGAGAUGGAGGGAUGCCUGGAGGAGGAGAAGCAGUGUGGAGAAUGUGGGAAGCUGUUCUCUGACUCAGUGAUCCUGAAGAGCCAUCAGGAGUUUGUUCACCAGCAAAUGAUCACUCCGGUAGUGUUGGAGACGUUCUCCAGACAGUAUGACUGCCUCUACCCCCUCACACCCUUCCCAGUGGGGGACAAUGAUAAUACUGUUGUUGCACAUCUAACCCCAGGCACAGCACUUGUACUUGCACCCUUACCCCCAGCACCAGUCUCAGAUUCAAUCUUUGACCAAGCCCAAUCCCUCUCCCAAGCCUCCAUAGGUCCAGAUCAAGCUGUACACACCACACCGGCAUCUGUACCUGUAAACUUGUUCACAGACCAAGCCCCAGUUAAUUCCUUCUGCCCAGCCCAAGCCUCACCAACACCCUCUCCUCCUCCACCCUCUUCCCAAACACAACCACUUCCAGAGCAGCAGCAGGACACUACGACAUCGACAACCACCCCUGCCCCCUCUCCAACUAUCAUACCCCAGUCCAAUCUCUCCAUGCAUUUCCCCUUAUCCCAACUCCCCCUGCCCCCUCUUCCUUUACCAAGCCUCCCCACUCUUCCCUUCCCCAUAGACCUCUCUCUCCUCCCCCUUGGUCUAAUGCAGCCCAUAGUACUCCAGUCUAUGCUUCAGUACCAGUCCCUGUUAUCAUCUGGCCACCAACCACCCCUAUCCCUAUUCACCAACGCUCACUCCACCCACAAACCAUCUCUACCCUCAUACACUAACACACACUGUGAUCCUAGCCCAUCUCUAACCUCAUACACUAACACACACUGUGCUCCUAGCCCAUCUCUAACCUCAUACACGAACACACACUGUGCUCCUAGCCCAUCUCUAACCUCAUACACGAACACACACUGUGCUCCAAGCCCAUCUCUAACCUCAUACACGAACACACACUGUGCUCCUAGCCCAUCUCUAACCUCAUACACGAACACACACUGUGCUCCUAGCCCAUCUCUAACCUCAUACACGAACACACACUGUGCUCCUAGCCCAUCUCUAACCUCAUACACAAACACACACUGUGCUCCUAGCCCAUCUCUAACCUCAUACACGAACACACACUGUGCUCCUAGCCCAUCCCUGCCCUUUCUGAAGCGUAGGCUGGAGGAAGGGACAGCGGUAACGCCUAUGAGGGAUGUGAUGGACGGUGAGAGAGAGGAAGAGGGAGUUAGAGAGGGUGAUGAGCAGAGGAGGGAUAGGCGCCAGAGGACCACCAUCAGUUCAGAGCAGCUAGAGGUUCUAUACCAGCGCUACAGUCUGAACUCCAACCCAACCCGCUCUGUACUGGAGGGCAUCACCAGGGACACAGGCCUGAAGAAACGUGUAGUGCAGGUAUGGUUCCAGAACACCAGGGCUCGUCAGAGGAAGGGCCAGCUCCAGACCCUGGGGAGAGGAGGACGUCUGGGUGAGAACCACAGGCGCUGUCCAUUCUGCAGGGCUCUCUUCAAGGCUCAGAAUGCCCUGGACGCCCAUGUAAAGGCCCACCACUGUUCACAGACCGACAGAGCUGCCUAUGGCUCAUUUAAUCAGAUGGGUCCUGCAGAUGACUCCAGCUUCUCUCACAACCAUUGAUCCUACAGAGACAGGGAGGGUCACUCUCUCUCCAUCCAGCCUUUUCCCUCUCUCUCCCAGCAUCCUCCUCUCUCUCCCUCUCUCCAUCCCUCCCCAAGCCUGUUUCAUCCCUCCCCAAGCCCAUGGGGCGUCCCUGCUGAGAGAAAAUACAUUUCUGGGAAAACCGAUUUGUUCUUUGACCUGAACAAACCCCAAAUUGAAGAGGAAGAGAAAGAAAAGAAAGAACAUCUGUCAGUAAAAAAAAUCCCUUUGUCUGACCAGGCUCAUCAAAUCAAAUCAAAUCAAAUUUAUUUAUAUAGCCCUUCGUACAUCAGCUGAUAUCUCAAAGUGCUGUACAGAAACCCAGCCUAAAACCCCAAACAGCAAGCAAUGCAGGUGUAGAAGCACGGUGGCUAGGAAAAACUCCCUAGAAAGGCCAAAACCUAGGAAGAAACCUAGAGAGGAACCAGGCUAUGUGGGGUGGCCAGUCCUCUUCUGGCUGUGCCGGGUGGAGAUUAUAACAGAACAUGGCCAAGAUGUUCAAAUGUUCAUAAAUGACCAGCAUGGUCGAAUAAUAAUAAGGCAGAACAGUUGAAACUGCACAUGAGGGUAACUGUAGCAAUCUGUUGUCUCUGGGAUACAAUUAUGGAAUGGCAAGCUUCAACGUUCAAGACUGUGACCAGAACACCAGUCCAAAUCUGUCUGAGUGUGGAUAGGCAUGUACCGAGACAGCAGCAGAGGCUGCGUACCCAGAUGACCCACCAGCAGGUUGCCCAACUCCGUCUGCUACAGGGAGCAACCCUGCGGUGUGAGGGCCUGGCAUGCAGGGUAGUGCAGGUGUGGUUUCAGAAUAACCGGGCCAAAGAGAAGAGGGCCAGGAGCCUUAGAGUCAACCCAACCACAGGAUAUAGAGAGACUGCAGAGGACAGGGGAGAGAACACACAGCCAUGAACCAAGUUCACGUCAGUCACAACAAUGAACCAACCACAGACACAGCCAUGAACCAACCACAUGCCCAAGAAGCCAAAGAGCAUUCUACCAGUGUACCUCAUCCCCUCCUCAGCCCAAAAACAUCACAGGGCAUACCUCCUAGAGCUUUAAGACACAACUCCUCUGUUCCUCCCUCUCUCCUCUCCUGUACUUUCUUCCAACUGAUACCUCAGGAGUUAACCCCUCCAUGCCAACAGAUGUCCCUGUCGAGACCAUAUCAUCUGGAGAAUCAGGAAAUGGUAUGUCAUCUUCCCACUUCUGUUUAAAGACUUUACUAGUGUUGUAGUUCUGUUGCAAGUACGAACAGAUUCUAUCAAGAUAGUUUAAGACGUUUGGUGUAUAGAAUGUUCUUUCAAAGUAAAAGAACUGAAAGAAACAAAAGCCGCUACGGAAAACAAAAAUAAAGAAUAUUCUUCACAAGGAGCUUCUGCAAAGACUGGCUUGGAUUCCAAUGCUUGUAACCAAAACCUUACAUGUCCUUGGAUUGUGUUGUCAACAUGGUGGUUUUAAUUUCCUGAACUGCAGUACAGACCAUACAGUGAAGGGUAGAUCUGAGACCGGUGUAGUACCAGGUGUGCAGCAAAAGACUGACUGGCCUAUGUGGUGCCGAAGCAGACCUCAACCUUCUCAAGCCAACGGUGACUCUAUUGCACAUGUAAAUGUUCCUUAUGUGGAUAAUAGGCCAAAUAGCACUGAGAUAAGUCCACUUUGUCCUUUAAGAGAGACGUCAUAUAAGAAGCUAUUUUGAUCAUGUCCAACCAAUAUAUGUCACAACCACUCCAACCAAACACUACACAACAUUGUUUAGUAAAUGUUAAUGAAUAUGAAUAUUAUGGAUUGACGGUUGUUGUCAUGCUUUGAUAAGACAAGUGUUGUUUUGUGGUUUAUGAGAACAUAAUGUAUGUGUUAUGAUGUGGAGUUUAGGUAAGAUGUUACCACGCACUCUAACCAUCUCUCUCUCUGUGUAUGACGUCUUCUUACUCUCUCUGCAUUAAUAUUACUGUAGUAAUUAUGAUUAUAACAACAGUAAUAACUAUGCUAAUAUACAAUGCUUUAUAACACAACCCAAAGACAUAAUAUCACUGUAAUCAUUGGUCCAUAAAGCCCACAAAAACAACUUGAUACUGUAUCAUUGAAUGAUGGAAAGAAGAGAGACUGUAUAACAACUGCUGUAUAACAACUGCUGUAUCUGCCUCUUCACCAGGCCACUGGUGACUGUAUACUGAAAUCUCCAUGCAACCUACUGCUGUACUAGGAUGGAGUAGCACUUCUCAAAGCCAAACUCCCCAGGCCCUAGUGCACUGGGUAGAAGAGUACUCAGUAGGGAACCAACCCCCAGCCCCUAGUGCACUGGGUAGAAGAGUACUCAGUAGGGAACCAACCCCCAGCCCCUAGUGCACUGGGUAGAAGAGUACUCAGUAGGGAACCAACCCCCAGCCCCUAGUGCACUGGGUAGAAGAGUACUCAGUAGGGAACCAACCCCCAGCCCCUAGUGCACUGGGUAGAAGAGUACUCAGUAGGGAACCAACCCCCAGCCCCUAGUGCACUGGGUAGAAGAGUACUCAGUAGGGAACCAACCCCCAGCCCCUAGUGCACUGGGUAGAAGAGUACUCAGUAGGGAACCAACCCCCAGCCCCUAGUGCACUGGGUAGAAGAGUACUCAGUAGGAAACCAACCCCCAGCCCCUAGUGCACUGGGUAGAAGAGUACUCAGUAGGGAACC